CCUUAUGACUUAUCAAUAACCUCCCCACACACACACACACAUGGAUACUUCAAAGAAAUCUCUCUAUAAUUUCUGCCUUGUAUCUCUGCUCUGCGCAGCCGUCUUCUAUAUUUCUAUUUGGUCUCCUUCAAUUACUACUAAUCCUUUGUUUCAUAAUUCCGCCUGUCUCCCUUCGUCAUCAAACUUGACUAAUACAACAGGUCUCGUUAUCGAUGAUCUUGAACUGGCUCUGCAGAAAGCUUCAACCCCCAACCGGACAGUGAUUAUCGCCGUCGUGAAUAAAGCGUAUGUGGAACAAACCCUGGAAACUGACACCACAAUGCUCGAUAUAUUCUUGGAAAGCUUCUGGUUAGGAGAGGGCACCAGACAGUUACUCGAUCAUCUUCUUAUGGUGGCAAUAGAUCAGACGGCGUAUGAUCGCUGCAUGUUUAAACGGUUACACUGUUACAGACUGGUAACAGAUGGCGUAGAUUUUGAGGGAGAGAAGGUCUACAUGUCACAAGACUUUAUCAAGAUGAUGUGGAGAAGAACCCUGUUCCUAUUAGAUGUCCUUAAACGUGGUUACAGCUUCAUCUUCACGGAUACGGAUGUAAUGUGGCUGAGAAACCCUGUUAGGAGACUGAGCAAUAACGAAAGUGAAGACCUGCAAAUGAGUGUUGACAGGUACAAUGGCGACCCACGGUCACAGGACAAUUCUAUUAACACAGGCUUCUACUUUGUCAGAUCCAACAACAAGACAAUCUCUUUAUUUACCCAAUGGUAUGGUAUGAAGAACAAUUCAACAGGGAAGAAAGAGCAGGAUGUGUUACUGGAGCUAAUGAGAAAAGAUGGUUUGUUCAAGAAAUUGGAUCUCCAAGUUAGCUUCUUACCUACACUUUAUUUCAGUGGGUUCUGUGAAAAUAGCAAGGAUAUUCGGUUAGUCACAACAGUUCAUGCUAAUUGUUGCCGCCAUGUGCAUGCCAAACUGCAAGAUUUAAAGGCUGUUCUUCGAGACUGGAAGCGAUUCAAGGAGGUCAAACUUAAGAACCCAACAAUGCUUCAAAAUCGAACCAUGGUGACUCAGUGGUCAGGACACAAGGCUUGUGACAAUUCAUGGAAACCAUUAAGUAAUAAUUUGCGUAUUUAAUUAUGUCAUUUGGAGCAUCACCCAUGACUUUAUUACUGCAAUGUGAGGUCAAAGUGGAUUGAUUAUAUUUAUGAUCUUACUGUAACAUUGUGAAUUAUAAACUGCAUACAUCUGAAACAGUGAGAUUAUUUAUUUAUUUAUAUACAAUUCAACUGGCCUGGCUAA